AAGACCAUGUCUGUCGUCCUGCCCAUCCUCCAUUUCAACGAUGUGUAUCGUGUCCAGCCGUUCAGAGUCUCGCCUGAUUCACCUGAGACCAUUGACGUGACGCAAUGGGCUGCGAUGCUCGAUGACAUUCGUGACGGGUGGCCUGUGAGGCCUGACGGCAAACGCGACGGCCUUGUCUUGUUCUCCGGAGACGUGUUCUCGCCAUCUGUGGAGAGCUCAGUUACGCGAGGAAGCCACAUGGUUCCUGUCUUGAAUGCGAUCGCGCCAGAUGUUGCCUUGACAGGCAAUCACGAUUUCGAUUUCGGAUACCCUCACUUGACAAAUCUGAUCAACGACACAAACUUCCCAUGGCUGCUGAGCAACAUCAUAGACAUAAAUACCGGUCGUGUGCCCGAAUGCACGCAUGAAUUCCAAGUGCUUGAACGUAGAGGCGUCCGUGUAGGAGUGAUCGGGCUUGUGGAGAAAGAGUGGAUCGGCACAGUGUCCUCGUGGCCGGAGAACUUCGAAUACAGAAACAUGGCCGAGGUCGGCAUUGAACUCUCGAAACGUCUUCGAGACCCGGACGGAGAGCACAAAUGCGAUAUUGUGAUCGCGCUGACACAUUCACGGGUACCGAAUGAUAUCGCCCUCGCGAAGGCACUCCACGCACUCUCCCCCGCCUUCCAGCAGAAGACGCCCAUCAACAACAUGCAUGGCGUCGACAUCAUCCUCGGCGGGCACGACCACCUCUACUACAUCUCACGUGGGGUAACCGCGUGGGAGGGAUAUGACACCACGCACAGCGUGCUCGGCGCAGAGGCGGAUGAGGGCGACGUUCUCAUCGUCAAGACCGGCUGCGACUUCCGCGACCUCAGCGAGUUCGCGCUAACGCUCGUGGACACACCCCCGAGCAGUGUGCGGAGGAAGGUGAUAAAGGAAAUUAGGGGGAAGCGACAUCAGACGAAGCCGGGCUCGAAGAAGAAUCAGCGAAUCGCGAACUUGCUGAAGGAUAUCCUCGCAUCGGUAUCGGAUGCAUUGAAAAAGCCGGUGUGCAAGACGGAUGUGGUGCUCGACCUACGGUCAGAGCUGAUCCGCACGCGGGAGACUGCCUCCGCGAACUGGUUCGCGGACGUUCUCCGGCACGCUUAUGACGAGAUGCCCCAAAUGAACGGCGGUUCCGACGGAGUGUUCAUCUGCGCUGGUACGCUACGCGGGGACAGCAUGUAUGGCCCUGGUACCAUUGCCCUUGGCAAUAUUUUGGAGAUACUUCCUUUCGAGGACUCUGUUGUCGUCCUCGAGCUAGAUGGCGAGACUAUCUGGGCUGCCCUUGAGGAGUCACUGGAGACAUGGCCCGCGCAGGAAGGACGUUUCCCAGUCAUCUCAGGCUUCCGUGUAUCCUGGGACUCGCGCCGCCUACCUGGCGAACGCGUUCUCGGCGUAUGGUUGCUCCAGGAGCUCUCAGGAAGUGCAAGCACGAGUGCCUCGCCCACGCCCACUCCGUCUGCAACGUCAUCUAUGACCAGCUUGCAGUCAAUACAAUCGACGGCCAGCGGCGCCGCCUCGCCUGCGUACAUGCUCGUCGACGGCGAGCCGAUCCCUCGCUCCAAGAAGGGGCGCAAGUACCGCAUGGUGACCCGCGAGUAUAUGGCGGAGGGCUAUGACGGGUUCGAAGCCCUCAAAGGACAGAAAUAUCUGGUGGAUGAUGAGAGUGGACAGCUCAUGAGCGCGUUAGUGCGCAAGUACUUGCUUGGUUGCCGCUACGUGAAUCGCAUGUCACGUCUCAGCAUCAGCGACGAAGCGGAGCCGCAGCCGACGCUGCAUCCUGACACGCAAAACAUCAUCAUGCGCGAGAGAGCCCGACAAGAGCGCUAUGAACGAAACUCGCAAACGCAACCUCCUAGUCGUUCUGGUUCAGAACACCACUUGCACCAUCACCAUCAUUUAGGCAUCGCAAACAAGUGGCGACAUGCUGCGCGGCUUGCACUGCGUUGGUCGCGAGCGCAUUACCAGGAUCACUUCGGCGUGUCACUAAGGGAACACAUGAGCGGCGUCGAUACUUUUGACGGGAACAGAGUCAGAAAGGGAAUGGCUUCGCAGAGAGGUCCCACGAGGGGAGAUGAUGGAGGAGAAGGUGAAAAUGAAGACCUUGCAGUGAUCCAUCCAGUCGUGGAUGGAAGGCUCAAGGAUGAAGGACGGACAUGAACAUCAUCACUGAAGGUAGUGGAGGUCUCUUCUCGCAGCGAAGAAUCAAGUUACUGAUUCGCACGACUAGAACGUUCGACUGCGGAAAAAUGUACAACCAACACAGACCGAUGAAAGCUC